AUGGAUGGCAAGGUGGCUGAUGAUGGCGGCAGAGGGUCCCAGAAGCUCCUGGAGGAGGUCAGGGCUCUUGUGGAGACCCUCAACAAGGUGGUCGCAUGCUACCACCAGCUGUCCUCCUGCGUGGGUGGCAGCACGGACAGCGGCCAGCUGCGGCACGAGCUGCGCCAGACCCGGGAGCGGGCGCAGCAGCUGGCCCUGGAUAGCCGGCGGCUCCUGACGGCACGGCUGCGCGACAGAUCCCUGGCCCCGCCCACGCGGCUGGAGGCUGAGCUACUGUGGGUGUCCUUCUCCUCCAGCCUGGAGCUGCUCCACGCAGAUAUGUGCAAGGUCUUCAGCGUGGGACAGAACUUCCCUCUGUCUUCCAACACUGGUGUUCUGGUACAGACCGGCAUGCAAGGGGAGACGGCCAAGGUGACCGCCCGAGCGCUGAGCCUGUCCGAGCCGGACCUGAACGAGGCCCCGGCCAGCAUGGACCGUCUGGAGCAGGGCGAGCUGGAGGCGGAGAAGGCCCGCGUGGACCAGAUGAUCGAGGACAUGGAGCAGCGGGUGAACGUGCUCCGGUGGACGGUGGAGGCGCAGGGGCCGCAGAAUGCCGAGCCGGUCGGGAGCGGCUCCUCGCUGGCUCUGCUCUCCGUGCUGCAGGCGGAGCCGGAACAGCACCGGUGCAAGCGAGGGCAGAUGUUUGUCGCCGCUCUAGUGGUCAGUCUGGCUGCUGCGGCCUUGCUUCUGUCUGUCGGUGUAUUGUAUCUAGGGUGAGCCCUGAGCCAGCCUCACGCUGCAUUUCCACCAGAACCACCCAGGGGGAGCCGUAAGGUAACAACAGGCUUCCUGUCUGUCCAACUUAUUGUCUCCACGUCCGGAUCUACUGGAUGAUUUUACAGCUGGGAUUGAACUUUCUAUGAUAACACAAGAGAGACUCCCUUUACUCAGAUUACUACAUCUUUUGAUAAAAUCUAUUUGCGUUUAUUAAUUUGGCCAGCUGUCUCAUCCCAUCUCUUUGUAGCCAGCUUACUCGCGCAGAUUGACGUUACAUAAUGUCAUCUGAGACCAUACUUUUUGGGGUACUCCUACCUCGAUUCCGACUCUUGACGAUUUUGACACUUCGUCGAAGCCUGGGGAACAUGGACUAGCUAAAAAUAAAUCUUUAAUCUGAUUUAUAUAGAACACUUAGCGGCAAUUUUCCCAAAACUUCUGGAAGAAAAUGAUCAUGUUACUCUGAGGCUAGACGAAGGCAAGUUGAAGCUCAUUCUUCCCGACAUCAAAUCCAACGCAUCCUGCGCCAGCCAAGCCUGGGUUUUUUUUUAUUAUUGUUUAAAAACAACACCUUUGCCGAUUGGACCAGGGGAGGAUGACAAGGAGAACUACUGGUCAAAAGCCGUUAACAAUACUGCCUUACAAAGGUGAAACACUGCAACUGUGUAUUUUAUCAAAAUUGGGUUACGACCAAAAUUGGGUCUCUUAGGCUCUGUCGUAUCUCGUGAAAAAUAUCUUAGUUCAACUAUGCUCAGUUUUGAAGAGAACACUGUCAUCUACCUACCCUCUACACAUACAGGUGGACAGUCAAACAAUUUUGAAGCCCUUUUUCUUAAUCUCAGUGUCAGCUUAGUUACUGUGCUGGCAGAAUACAUCACCAGUCUGUAGCCAGUUAAGCUCCUUGAUCCAUUUGACAGUUUAAUAGUUAGAUAAAAAAUAAAAAUAGCACAUUGUUUUCUGAAAAUACAGUAGUAUGUAACCACAUAUGUACGGCUGGAUUGAUUUUAAAGUUUUGCUCUAGGGAUUUUCUCCCACAGAAGCAAACUCAUGGAUCUGCAUAUUUAAAAUAUAGCUAAAAAUGCAAUGUAAUAUAUAGGUAAAAAAAAACACUUUCCUAAAAAUUAACAACAUGACUUUUUGACCAUCAUAUGAGGUGACUUGUGCUAAAUGCUUCAGAUAUUCAGAUAAAAUGUCUAAGCCAAGGUGCCACACUAGGAUGAAAUUAAACUGAAUAACAGGUAUUGAAAGAUAACAGGUAUCGAAAUAUAUUCUUUCGUACUGAAUUGUUGAAUAUUUGAUAAAGGUACAGGAUUGUCUGAUGGAAAGAUAACUGUCCCCAAAUGUAUAAAUGAUGGUAAUUACUGUUGAACUGGUGCUUAGGUUUGUGGGACUUCUAUGAAUGAAGUAGGCCUAUGUUGUGUAUCUGAAGGUGACAUGUGGUUUUUAAAGACCCACCUUUGCUGGUACUCCAUCCCUCAGUUACUAUGGUGACACACUCCGACUGUCCUACCCGUGAUCACCAGGAUAAAUUAAAACAGUGAAUUCUUUUGUCGGGGUGUGCAUAUAUUACCAUGUCGUUUAGAAGAAGAAGACACUGCAUGCUGAAU